AUGGAGGAGCGUAAUAUCAAGAACAAUUUACUCUUCUUCAAUAUACCAGAACCAACUGGAACGGAUAUUGAAGAAACGAAAUCCGUGGAUAAGUACAUGGUCUCAAAUAUUCUUAAUGCCCUUGGUGGAAAUGAUUCCAAACGUCGAGAGAGACGCCGGGAAGAACGUCGAGAGAGACGCCGGGAGGAACGUCGAAAGAGACGCCUGGAGGAACGUCGAGAGAGACGCCCAGAGGAACGUCGAGAGAGACGCCCAGAACGCCGGGAGAAGCGUCGAGAGAGACGCCGGGAGGAACAUCGAGAGAAACGCCUGGAGGAACGUCGAGAGAGACGCCGGGAGGAACGUCGAGAGAGACGCCGGGAGGAACGUCGAAAGAGACGCCGGGAGGAACGUCGAAAGAGAAGCCUGGAGGAACGUCGAGAGAGACGCCGGGAGGAACGUCGAGAGGGACGCCGGGAGGAGCGUCGAGAGAGACGCCGGGAGGAGCGUCGAGAGAGACGCCUGGAGGAACGUCGAGGGAGACGCCGGGUGAAACGUCGAAGCAACCUAGUUCGUAGAAUCCGCGCCGACUAUCCGUCAGGAUCCUGUGAGUACAAACUGUUGUCAAUUGGUGGGCGGGAGAUUUGGAGAACAGUGGGCGGUUUCGGCUACUUUUAA